GCUUGCCUCGUCAGCGUCCGCGUUCUGCCCGGGCCCCCCCUAACCCCCCCCCUGCUGCAGGACCCCCCCUCCCAGAGCUCGUGCCCGUGCUGCCACCAUGAGCGACCAAGAUCAUUCUGUGGAUGAAAUGCCUGUUGUGGUGAAGAUUGAGAAAGGAGUUGGCAGCAAUGGUGGUGGUGGAUUUUCCCAGACUCGUAGCAGCAGCACAGGCAGCAGCAGUAGUGGAGGAGGAGGUGGCCAGGAGUCCCAGCCGUCCCCACUGGCUUUGCUAGCAGCCACUUGCAGCAGAAUCGAGUCACCCAAUGAAAACAGCAACAACUCCCAGGGCCCAAGUCAGCCAGGGGGCUCAGGUGAACUUGAUCUCACGGCUGCCACACAACUCACCCAAGGUGCCAAUGGUUGGCAGAUCAUCUCUUCCUCUGGGGCUACCCCUACCUCAAAGGAUCAGGGUGGCAGCAGUAGCAAUGGUAGCAGUAGUAGCGAAUCCUCCAAGAACCGCCCAGUCUCUGGUGGGCAGUAUGUUGUUACCACCACCCCCAAUAUACAGAACCAGCAAGUUCUGACUGGACUUCCUGGAGUGAUGCCUAACAUUCAGUACCAAGUAAUCCCCCAGUUCCAAACUGUUGAUGGGCAGCAGUUACAGUUUGCCACCACUGGGGCCCAAGUGCAGCAAGAUGGUUCUGGUCAAAUUCAGAUAAUACCUGGGGCAAACCAGCAGAUUAUUACAAAUAGAGGGAGUGGGGGCAAUAUCAUCGCUGCUAUGCCAAACCUGCUCCAGCAGGCUGUCCCCCUCCAGGGCUUGGCCAAUAAUGUCCUCUCGGGACAGACUCAGUAUGUGGCCAAUGUCCCAGUGGCACUGAAUGGGAAUAUCACCCUACUGCCUGUCAAUAGUGUUGCUGCAGCCACCUUGACUCCCAGUUCCCAGGCAGUCACAAUCAGUAGCUCAGGCUCUCAAGAGAGUGGCUCACAGCCGGCAACCUCAGGGACAACUAUUAGCUCUGCUAGCCUGGCAACCUCACAAGCCAGUUCUGGAUCCUUUUUCACCAAUGCCAGCAGUUACUCAUCCACAACCACCACCAGCAACAUGGGCAUCAUGAAUUUCUCCACCAGCGGAACAGCCGGGACCAAUACUCAAGUCCAGACACCACAAAGGGUCAGUGGGCUUCAGGGAUCUGACUCUCUGAACGUUCAGCAGAACCAGACACCUGGGGGUACUCUCCAGCCCAGCCAACAGAAGGAGGGAGAGCAAAACCAGCAGUCACAGCAACAACAACAGAUCCUCAUCCAGCCUCAGUUAGUUCAAGGUGGACAGGCUAUUCAGGCCCUCCAGGCUGCGCCACUGUCAGGCCAGACCUUUACAACCCAAGCUAUUUCACAAGAUGGUCUCCAGAACCUCCAGCUUCAGGCUGUUCCCAACUCAGGCCCCAUUAUCAUCCGGACACCAACAGUGGGGCCUAAUGGGCAAGUCAGUUGGCAAACUAUUCAGCUGCAGAAUCUUCAAGUCCAGAACCCACAGGCUCAGACAAUCACCCUGGCACCAAUGCAGGGUGUCUCUUUGGGACAGACUGGCAACAGCAACACCACCCUUACACCUAUCGCCUCAGCUGCCUCCAUCCCUGCUGGCACGGUCACUGUGAAUGCUGCUCAGCUCUCCUCGAUGCCAGGUCUCCAGACCAUCAACCUCAGUGCACUAGGUGCUUCAGGAAUCCAGGUGCACCAGCUACCAGGCUUGCCACUGACAAUAGCAAAUGCUACAGGAGACCAUGGGGCUCAACUUGGCCUUCAUGGGCCUAGUGGUGAUGGAAUACAUGAUGACACGACUGGUGGGGUGGAAGGAGAGUCCAGCUCAGACCCCCAGCCCCAGCCUGGUCGGAGGACACGUCGGGAGGCUUGCACCUGCCCCUAUUGUAAAGACAGUGAAGGGAGGGGCUCUGGGGACCCUGGUAAAAAGAAGCAACAUAUCUGCCACAUGCCAGGUUGUGGCAAAGUUUAUGGCAAGACUUCCCACCUUCGGGCACACCUGCGAUGGCACACGGGUGAGAGGCCCUUUGUCUGUUCCUGGAUGUACUGUGGAAAGCGCUUUACCCGCUCAGAUGAGCUUCAGCGGCACAAACGCACACACACAGGUGAGAAGAAGUUCGCCUGCCCUGAGUGCCCCAAACGCUUCAUGAGAAGUGACCAUUUGUCGAAGCACAUCAAGACCCAUCAGAAUAAAAAAGGAGGCCCAGGAGUGGCCCUGAGCGUAGGCACCAUGCCCCUGGACAGUGGGGCAGGCUCAGAGGGCAGUGGCACUCCCACUCCUUCUGCCCUCAUUACCACCAACAUGGUAGCUAUGGAAGCUAUCUGCCCAGAGGGUAUUGCCCGACUUGCCAACAGUGGCAUCAAUGUCAUGCAGGUAGCUGACCUGCAGUCUAUCAAUAUCAGUGGCAAUGGCUUCUGAGAUCAAGUGCCCAGUGCCAGAGACACGGGCUGUACCCACAAACCCUGGGGUACAAGGUAGCAUGGGUCCAAGAGACAUGUGGGAGAGGGAGCCACGAGGCAUUAAAGAUGCACAGCAAUGGGAAGUGUGGGGAGGGCCCCGGAGAUGAGUUGGGGCCUUAGUACCCUACCUGGAAUGGGGCACGUGAGUGGAAGCUAUUGAUGUGACCCCGCUACCCUACAUGGAGCAUUUGACCCCAGACGGUUUCCUUUUAAACUUCUUUCCCCAAUCUCUCCCUUUCUGCUUUACUUAUCUUACCUCCCCCAUGAUGGAUCCUUCCCUCUUCCCCCUUCCUUAAAGCCAUCAUGCCUUGAUAAAUAUAUAUAUGAUCAUUGAAAUACUUUUUAACAAAAGACAGAUUCUAUAUUAUAUAUAUGUGUAUAUAUAAAGUAUAUAAAAGACAUUCACAAUGGGGAGCAGGCUCAGAGGGAGGAGGAGGAACAUCCUGUGACCAAAAUACCAUGGUCAGUUUUAUGAUAAUGCCUUAUCUCCUUGUGGCUGGGCCUUGGCCUGGCAUACCAGGCCUUUCUGCAGAUGCUGUCCUGACCUCCCAUGAGAUUAAGCAUUCAUAUACUCUGCUUUUAGGUUUUAUAUAUAUAUUGUUUUUUUUCCUUCAUUUUGUCAUUUUAAUUGGGAGCAGCUUUCUGUACUACCUUUCUCAAUCACACCCUUAUAGUCUCCUCCCACCCCCCUAACCCCUUUUUCCUCUUUCCUCCUAAUCAUUUAGUGUUUAUCUUUUGGAUGGUAUUCUUUGGACCAGGGCUCCAAGUAUUUUUGAGUCAUCUUUGGUCCUGACAGUAAAAUGGGAAAAGAAGCCCUGAGCCCUGGGCCAGUGCUUGAAGUGGCAGGGUCAGAGAACCAUUCAGAGAAACUACUGAUGGAGACGUUUGCCUCACUUCCUCCCACCCUGGAGCCAGAGAGUCAGAGGCAGUGCCUUUUUGUCAUCUUCAAGCAUCCAGAAUCACCAGGUGGUUCUAGGAAAAAGGACAGUAGGCCACAGAGAGGUGGUGGGAUUAUUCAAGCCAUAUGAAACAUCAGAAGACGGUGGUAGAGUAGUGAGUGGAACAAGGGGAUGAAGGAUGUGCCCAGACCAGGAGGGUACUUACAAUAACUAGCCUCAGGGUUAGUCGGAGACUUAGUUGAAUUUGUUUCACCUGCUUCCAGGUUAGUUCUAGGUUGAUUUUUCUUAAAGCCUAGUCUUCAUACUGCCUAAAAAGCAGUACUGUUCUUUACGUAGAACAUCCCUAGAAAUUUCCCUCUGACUCCAUUAUUAACAGUUGUCACAAUUUGAUGUUUCUACCCCAAUUUAAAUCCUUCAGAAUUAUUUGGGGACAAAAGUAGGAUUGUUCUGGGAUGCAGUAAAUUAGUAGGAGAGCAGAAGAAUUUUUUCUCCUCACACUGUUAUAUGUUCUGGGAGAUUAUAGGAAUGACACCUCAGAAGAGGAGUGGCUCCUGGUGCUUCAUUGGAGGCACCAGUGUCUUUAGAAACAAAAUCUUCCCGUUUCCUUUAGGCCCAGAUCUAGAGGAGAGUCCAGGAAUGACAGCAACAGGAAGCUAUUGUCAUUGAGAGGUCCAGAAACAACUAGAAUUGGCCUCAAGGCCCAGCCACUAAAGCCUUGUGUCUUUUGACCAUUUGGUUUCUCAUCAGGGAGCUUUUCACUCACUGUGAGCAAGGUGUAGAAAUGGAUGUGUCUGUGUGGAUCUGUUGGGUUGGGGAAAAGUUUCUGUUAGCCACUAUUAAAGCAGACCUGCAAUAAAUGAAAAUUACCCUGAGCUGAUAGAGCUAGUGAAGUGUGCGUGUGUGCGUGUGCAGGCGUAUGUGUGUGUCUAUGUGUGUGUUCAUGUCUACAUAUACAUAAGAGAAAUUAUAUUUGAAAUUGUUGAAAAGAAUCAAAAACUCUAGAAUCAGAACACCUCAAGACCCCUUUCAUAGAAAUCCAUUUUUAUCUAUACACUUGAGUGUAUCCCUGAGGUCACUUCUUUGCUUAUAACAGUCACAUUUUGAAACAAGGCAAGUGAAGGGGUUGUAAAGCAUACUAAACUCCCUCUGCACUUUUUGAGGGGAAAUGAUUAUAUAUGUGUGUGAAAGUGAAAACAGUGUCCCAGUCCAUAAGCAGAGGCCUAGACCUUUUCAUAAAUUGUCUUUUUACUGUUGCUACAAAUAGAUGAUGCUGUGAUUCUGCCUUAUAUUUUAUAUAAAAUCCAGCAAGAUUAGGGUUUUGGUGUUUGGUUUUUUUUAACCUGAAACUCAAUGACUGUUAAUAUCUUAAAGAUUAACUUGAAGCAUGUUCAGCUCCAUUCGGUGAGGACUUAUGCUGUUUUCAAACUCAGGAAUCAUUUGCAAGGAUCUUAGGUAACCUAAGAUUGUUUCCCAGACCAAAUCCUGUUUAUGCUGAAACAAAGGAAUUUGUGCCCCAGCCUAUCAUCCUACCAUCCUGUCCUCCCCGCUGUCCCCUUCCCCCCAGCUCCAGGAGAGAACUCAGCAGAUUUUUUCAGUGUAGACUUAUAAUCAUGUACUUUUGGAUCCGUUAAAGGAAGGGGGCAGGGCACCCCAAUGAAUAUUUCAAUAUUUUAUUGGUACAACUCAACAAGGCACAGCCUCCCCUAGCAAUGUGGGAUUAUGGGGAAAACCAGUUCAGUGCUGCUACUGGGGGCAGUGAAGCUUUGGGAAAGGUAUUUGAGGUUGGUUCUUACUGUUGAGUGAAAGGCUAUGGGUUUACUUCUUCUUGAAAAGCAUAUGUCAUCCUUGCCUUGGAUCAAUUUACAACGAACCCAUCUUUCCUUUUGUUCUGCCUUCUAUCCACCAAGGAGGUUCCAGGGCAGGAAUGUUGUUUGGCCCAUGAACUUUUGAGAGUUGGCCUUUGGCAGCUUGAGGUCCCUGGACUCCACAGUAGGGAGUAAGGGCUCUGUGCCUAGUUAGGAGUUAAAGCUCUUUUCUGAAUGUCCCUUUUCCCUAAGGUUGUAGCCAUCAGAGAUUAAUCCAGCUGUCAGGUAGACUGAUCCUGAGACUCAUCUUCCCUCCAUCAUGAGAUGUAUGAUCAUUUUUUUUUAUGACCAAUCCUGUUCUGUGUGUGGUUUUUUUUUGGGGGGGGGCAGUGUAGGGGUUAGGAUAGGAGAGGUGAUGUUAAAGCAUUCAUUCCCUUGCCUGGCCUUUGUACCUUUUGGCUUCCUCCCUUGUUUCCCAAAAUAGUAAGAUAUCCCAUACUAUCUUUUCAGGGACCUUCUAGCUGUCCUAUUCCACCCUGACCUGUGGGUUCUGAACAGAGUGCAGUUUAAUGGGUAAUUCCUGAGCCCAGCCCAAACCUGAAUAAACAGCCCGUCCCUUCCUCCACACCUUAACUUCAGGAAAUACAGAAGUAAUGGACAUGGGGUUUAGGGUGGGGGAGGGUUGGGUACAAAAGCUGUAAAUUAAUAUGGCUGAUUUAUUUCUACUAUAUAUAUAUAUUUUUUGCUUUUGUAUAUCUUAUAUAGGAAACUUUAAGCAUUGUAUUUUGUAACAAAUCUGAGAAAGCACUAUAAACUGCAGGUAUUUGACUUUCAGAAUAUAUUUUGUAUUGUUAAUAUCUUCACAUUGUGAAUACUGGAAGCUGCAGAUCUUUGCUGAAAUGCAAUAAAUUUAUAUACCUUUUGGUGGGGUACAGGUGUUGGAGGGACCUUGUUGGGGGUGCUAUCCAGGUCCCUGUCGUGCUCUGGGGGAGCCUAGGUGCUACUUGAUUAAAGUUUCCACCCAGCUACAAUCAUCCCUUGUGCCUGGCAAGCCUUGGGGUGAAGUUAAAAAGCACUUGGAGAUGCAGGUGCCAAA